GGCCUGUAGUCGGAGAACUGUCGAGGAAUCGGGAAAUAAUGUGGUGCAAGAACUCCCCCCUGUAACCUUGACCUACUCAUCAACCAAGCACGAACAGGCGUCGAACGCAAAUGUAGCGCGACGAUCUCGAGUUUCAUGGGAAGAGCAGUAAAAAUGGAUGUGCAAGCUGUCUGGAAGUCGCAGCUACGGCAAAUGGUAAACAGUGAUGAUCUGCCAAGCCUUAAAGAAGCCUUUAGGAAUGGUCAAAACCUUGGCAUGGUAAUAGAUGAUUCUGGAAGCACAGCCCUGACCCUGGCCAUCAGCCUUGCCCAUGAGGAUGUGGUGGACUUCUUGUUGCAGGCUCUGAAGCCCGUGUUGGAGCAGGAGGAUGUGCUGUCUGCCUGCCUGACAGCCUUACACAGUUUAGCACGCACGCGCAACACACACUACCUGCAGCUGCUGAACACUCUUAUGACGUGCCAUCCCCACUUGCACAUCCCAUAUGUUGUCGUGCUGCAGGCUGCAUUUAAAAUCCUUCAGGCACCACCUAAAGAUAUGCUUGUUCUCUUCUGUGAAAUGGCUUUGAAGCUGUCACCUGAUUUGUGCAGAGACAUCUCACUCAAUUUGGUUUUAUAUGAGGAGACAGAAUGCUAUUGGCAGCUGCUGAGUCGUGGGGUCUCCCUAAAUGACCUGUGGCCUGUCAACUGCAGUGAACUUGGAUCCAAGGAUUACAUGGCACACAACCUGUUUGACAUUUACUUCACAUAUGGCUGUCUUUUCACUGUUCACACAAGCAGCCGAAACAAAAUCACCAAGAUGACCAUACAGGCUGCAAAUGGGGAAGCUUCACGAGCUGUGUUGCAUGUCAUCCAGAACUUUCCAACAGACCUCUAUGAUGAUGUCUUCAAAUUUCUAACACUGGCUGGGUUCACAAUGAGCCAGGCUGCAGUGCAGCGCAUGGCUAAUGUGGAGAUUGACAAAGCUGCUGAGCUUAUCCGUUGGUACAAAGACUUUCACUGCCGGCCGCACAGCUUGAAGCACCUCUGUCGUCUUUGUGUCCGACAGCACCUGCGAUUUAAUGUUGUGCAUGCUGUGCAACAGAUCCUUCUGCCAGAGGACCUCAAACGCUAUCUGCUCAUUACUGAUCCUAACAGCUUUUGAAACGUGUUAAUCUCUGCAACAACCAGAUGAUGGUGAGUUUGUGCUAUUCAAGUACUUCAGGUCUGCCAAACCUUUUACACACCUGUUUGGUUGCUCUCACACAUUCUUAUUCAGAAUCGAAAUGGUGUAAUAAUGCAGUUUGAUUGGAAUACUUAUUGACAAAUGUCACUCUACUUUUAUUGUGUACCUAAGUGAUGUUAAUAUUAAAUGAACUCAUUAUUUGCAUGAGGAAAAUUUUUAUUUUGCAACUCAUUAAUACUUUUUAUUGAUGUGUGAUGGUUUUUGAUGCUGUAAUCAUGACUAAAUAUAAACCAGCAUGAGCACAGUUUGGUGGUGGAGGGUGAUGCUGUUUUCUAAAGUUGUUGAUAGUGGUGAUGUCUAACAUUCUUAGCAUGUGAAGGUAUUGGAAAUCACAAUAUCUCUGCCCCUACUGCAGUUUAUUGCUAAAAUAAUUAAUGAUUAUUCCAAGGUUUUCCUUGUGUGCUGAGUGCACGUAAACACAAAGUAUUAGAUGCUUAAAAAGGUUAUUCAGUCCACACAGCUUGAUGCAAAAGGAAAUAGUCUAAUGUCUUGCAUUGAUUUGUCGUGCUGACUUUUGAUGUGGUCAGAUUUGUUCUGGUGUGUAUAUAUGUAUAUGUAUAUAAAUGCAUAUUGAUCUGUCAGUAAUCUCUGCUGGCAAUGAAUAUUUUAUUUAAGUUAGACUGACAAAACUGAAAUUAAAUGUUGAAAUAUCCUUUGAAAAUGUUUUGGUUUGCUUAAAAUGCCUAAUUGACAGCCAGUGUAUAUUAAAAUAAAAAAAAUAUUGCAUUAGCUACAGAACUAACAAGAACAAUUUGUUUUAUCAUUAAUGGUUAUCAUGACUUUGUCCUCAUCUGUGAUGGAUUAUGGCUGGCAUUCUCCAGGUUUGAGAAUUACGGUAAAAACGUUGUUUAGAAAACAUGUUUUCUUUGUUUAAGGUGAUGCUUAUUUUAAGGUUUGUGUUGAAGGUAUUCUCUGGCUGUACUGAAUGUACACAUAUGCUGUGGAACAGUUUGGAUUAGAAAAUAGAACAAGGACAGAAGGGCUUAUAAAGCAAAGACAAAAAUAGCAGUUUGCUAUUUCCUCAUCUGCAUGGUUUUGUGGACAUGACAGAUUUUGAGGAAGGUGAGUGAAAUAAUCAAGUGAAGCAGCAUGAGGAAGUUGAAUAAAAAUACAGUCUUUAAAAUAAGUAUAAUAUUGAAAGGGACACAACACAUUUUCUCAGAUUUCAAGUAUGAAUGCACCAAAGUGUGUUGCUGUGGAGCAGCUUAGGUGAGAAAUGGAACAGACACAAGUGUGCUAGUCAAAAGCUGGACAAAGCAUAUGCUAUUUUCUUGUCAAAAUUGUUGUUCUGGACAAACAGCUGAAUGAUUCACUUCUAAGAAAAGUUGAUGAUAUAAUCAUAGAGGCAAAGACUAAAGAUGUGUCAUGCACAGGAAGAGCUGAAAAAUGCUGCAGCGUGUGAAUUAUAGAAUGUUGUUAUACUGUACUUUUUAAGCCAAGAUAACAAGUGAUCCGAGCAUUUGAAUCUCGUUAUGAGCACAGUGAACUUGCUGAAAGUGCAGUGGAUUAACCUACAGGUCAUGUUAAAUAUGCUUGUACGAAACUGUAUUAGCUUAACAGUGAAUAUAUAUGCUGGUUUUGCUGCCUGUACUGAUAUUGUCUGUGAUUGUUUUUUUCCAUAAGAGCAGAAAUAGUUGUAUCAUGCCUGUGUAUGUGUGUGUAUAUGCCUAUGACUGAGUACACAUGUAUAUAUGCAACUCUGUAUAUAUGAAUAAAUGGGAACACAUGUAUAUAUGUGUGUGUGUACGCACAUGAGAAAGAGUGUGUACACAUGCAUACAUGAAGAAAUAGUGAAAGUUGGAACAAAUCUUUAUGUAUAAACAUCUGUCUGUAUCAUUUAUGCUUGAAAACAUUGAAAUUCUCUGAUUUGGACUUGGCAAUGUUUGGAAAUUACUGAAAGCAUUGCAUUUACUUUUGAACUUGAAAAGACAAUCAACUGUCACUCACUAUCAAUGAAAAUGAUGUUCAGAACAGUAAAAUUGUGGACUAAUAUCUGUGGAAAUUUAGAUGUGGAAGUCUAUUCCGAGUGGAAAAUUCCUUAUUUUUUACACCCCAUGAACCACUUAUGUUUUGCCAGCUCAUUUUUGUUUAUUAAUCCAGAUUUCAAAAACUGUGCUCCCUUGUGUGUUUAAGAAGAAACAUGCAUUAAUUUUUUUAAAUAUAGAAAUACACUGUAAUUGUGAGGAAGAUUAAGCUAUGUAACUGUGUAUUUUAGCCCUGUAAUUUAUGGCAGUAAAGUCAUGCAUUUUUUAGUCUUAUGUCGAAGUAUUUUGAAUCAUAUUAUUAAUAAUUUUAAACGUGGACAACUCAAGGGUUUUCUGUGCAAAAGUUUGCCAGAACAGUUCUUUUGGAAAAAUUUUCUGUUUUCUUAAGUGGAUAUGAAUGUUUCAUUGAUGUUAUUCUUGAUGAAGAAAUAUCUGCAUGUUGCACCCUUCCAUCACUUUCCGUCCCCAUGCCAAUGCAUGUUUUGUGGAGCAGGGCAAAUCAUUUGUCUAAAGACCAUAUUUGUAAUAACAAAACUGGCAUUCAAUGAAUCCAUUUUGAUUGUGAUCAUUUUUUUCUGGUCAGCCUGAUAAGAACAUUUCAGAUUAAAUGGAAAUGAGUAAGAUUGUGAUUGUUAGUGCUGCAGUCAGUAUGUUCCCUGUGUUUACUAGACUUGGUAGCAGUGCAGUUCAUCAUUUUAGGUAUGAGAUAAUUAUAAAGGAUAAGAACAAACAGUAUCGACUAUAGAUUAGUUUGUCGAAGUGAUGUAUAUUGAAGAACUUGAAGUGAAUCAUUCAUAUUGAAAUUGUGCUACAAACUGUGGUUUUUACCAGCUGUAGCAGUCACUAGUGCUUGAUAUUAGCAUUUUGGCUGCCUUACCAUUGGGCACAUAUUUGUAUGAUGUGUACAGAACAGCUUGCGCAUGUAGGUCUCUCCAUCAAUCAUUUUUUAACUAUUUGCAUACAUAGCAACAUAACAUGAUUUUUACCAACUUUUUCCCCCCAGUGUGGUUUAUAAUACAGCAAAAGCGGCUAAAUGACUGUAAACAAUAGUAACAUUAACAGUGUAAAGGAUGCUCUUUGUCUUUGAUUCACAGCUGUUUAACAACAAUGGUGCCAUAGAUGGUUGAAACUUUUACUUUCGCUGUCACAGGAUAAAUAAUAAAAAAACAAGAAAAAG